UUUCGAGUUUUACAACCGACCAAUUGCUAUUUAUUGUACUGGUGAAGCGUAAGAAGCUAUUGGAGCUCAUGCACGCAAUGAAAAAUGGUGGUGGAGAGAUAGAAUAGAAAGCAUGGCGGGGGUUUCAUGAAGAUGCACUGUACGUGUGUCAGUGUCUCACCGACAAAAUAACUGUUCUUUCCAGCUUUAACAAAACUAUGAUCCGUUAUGGCUUGGUUGUUUUCAGUGAAAACUCAUUAAAUCAUUAAAAUUUCACGUGGCAAAAUCCAAAUGUUCUUUUUAUUAUAUUUAUUAUGGAUUUAAGGAAUAGAAAAGGUAAAAACCAUGAUAAUAAUAAACAAAUUAAUCAAGAUAGAGCAAAUUUUGAAAGUCUGAAUUCUACACAAAUGAAUAGUCAACAAAUUCCACAAGAUGAGAACAGUGAUCAGUUAGACACGACAACUGAAACACGUAAAUCAUGGCAUGAAAUUCUUAUUCCUCCAAAAAGAAUUGUUAUUAGUUUAGAAUUUGAUGUCGUGGCUGUUAUUUUAUUAAUUUUUGGAGUUUUAACAAGACUUUAUAGGUUAGAAGAACCAAAGAGUAUUGUUUUCGAUGAACUCCACUAUGGGAAAUAUGUUGGACUAUACAUGAAGAAUACAUUCUUUUUUGAUUCUCAUCCACCUUUAGGCAAACAGUUGGUAGCGGCUGCUGCUUAUCUUGCCGGAUUUGAUGGAGAAUUUAAAUUUGAUAGAAUAGGAAGUCCUUAUAUGGAUUCUGUACCUUUGUUUGCACUUAGAAUCAUUCCAGCAUUAUUUGGAAGCUUCAUUUUACCAACAGCUUAUCAUUUAGCUCUAGAAAUAGGAUUAAAACCAUGGAGUGCAGCAAUUGCUGGCUUAAUGUUACUUUUCGACAAUGCUUUAUUAACUCAAUCACGUUUUAUUUUAAUGGAAAGUAUUUUGAUAGAAUUUUCACUAUUUGGAUUACUCUGUAUCAUGAAAUUUAGAAAAAUUAUGGAUAACCCACAAUCAAUAGCAUGGUGGAUCUGGCUAACUGCUGGAAUAACUAGUUUAACUUGUGCUCUUUGUGUAAAAUAUGUUGGUUUUUAUUCACUAUUUUUGGCUCUCUUUAUUAUAAGUCGUGAUUAUUGGAGUCUUCUUGCCAGAAAAGCCCUGUCCAAUGUUGUCUUAUGGAGCCAUUUAAUUGCUAGACUGUUAGUUAUCACAUUGUCAUUUAGUUUUAUCUAUCUUGGAGUCUUCUAUGUUCAUCUAUCCAUCUUGACAAAAGCUGGACCUCACGAUGCAGUUAUGACUAGUGCUUUCCAAGCCAGUUUAGAAGGCGGCCUUGCCAGUAUCACCAAAGGACAACCUAUGGAAGUAACACAUGGAUCACAAAUCACUUUAAGACAUACAUUUGGUCGAGCUUGUUGGCUUCAUAGUCAUAACCAUCUAUACCCAUUAAGAUAUCCUGAUGGAAGAGGUAGUUCUCAUCAACAACAAGUAACUUGUUACUCUUUCAAAGACGUCAACAAUUGGUGGAUUAUAAAAAGACCUGACAUCAAUGACCUGGUCGUCACUAGACCUAUUGUUCCACUUAAACAUGGUGAUGUUAUACAAUUAGUUCAUGGAAUUACUAGCAGAGCCUUAAAUUCCCAUGAUGUAGCAGCUCCAAUGACUCCCCAGAGUCAAGAAAUCUCGUGCUAUAUUGAUUACAACGUUUCCAUGCCUACUCAAAAUCUAUGGAGAGUAGAGAUAGUCAAUCGAGAUCAACUUGGAGAUGUUUGGUAUGCGAUUCAGAGUCAAGUACGAUUGAUUCAUGUUGGUACAGAAUAUGCAUUAAAAUUCAGUGGAAGACAAUUACCUGAAUGGGGCUUCAAUCAGCAUGAAGUGGUUGCUGAUAAAAUAGUUGAACAAGCUGAUGCUGUUUGGAAUGUUGAAGAACAUCGCUAUACCAAAAGUGAAGAUCAAAAACAAAGAGAACGUGAAUUAAUUAACGCAGAAAUGAUACCUUUGAAAGCAACUCAUUUAACAUUUUGGCAAAAAUUCAUAGAACUUCAACUGAAAAUGUUGUUUGGCGGUCAGGAAAGUCAAAAUAGUCAUAUGUAUUCUAGUAGUCCAAUAGAAUGGCCUUUAAUGACCCGAGGAAUAGCUUAUUGGGUUGCUAAUGAUAGUAAUGCUCAAGUUCAUCUUUUAGGAAAUAUUGUCGUGUGGUACUCUGGAACAAUGUCAGUUUUCAUUUACUCCAUGCUUCUAGUAAUUUAUUUAAUGAGAAGAAGAAGACGUUGCUUUGAUAUCCCUGAAACUGAAUGGAAUAGAUUUACUGUCGUGGGAGAAGUUCUCCUAGCUGGUUAUGCUCUUCAUUAUCUUCCUUUCAUCUUCGUAGAACGAACAUUAUUCUUGCAUCAUUACAUGCCUGCUUUAAUUUUCAAGAUAUUACUCUGUGCUGCAACAAUCGAUCACUUAUAUUAUUUAAUCAAUACGUAUUGUCAAUGGAAUUUUGUGAUUUCGUUAGUAAGACUGAGUAUAAUAUUGUGGGUGGCAUUAAUCUUUUAUAUUUUCCGCAAGUUCAUUGUUCUAAGUUACGGAAUGACUCCAUUAACUGCUAAAGAUUUAAUGAAAUUAAGAUGGAGUGAAACUUGGGAUUUUAUAGUACACAAGCACUGAGGGUAAGUCUGAGUAAGAGUAAUUAAAUGAAUGAGAUGGUCGUUUAAUGAUUAUAUAUUAAUAAACACAUAGAAUUAUUUUGAGAUCGAUAUUUUUGUAAUAUUUUUUAUACAUUUGUCUGUUACAAUUCUAUUCAUAAAAGGAAAUACAUAUCAUAUAGCAAUAAUUGUAUUGUUUUAAUUGUGCACUAUACUUAAUUAGUUAAUCAAUUAAUAAUUAUACAUUACUCAUAAAAUUUUACAAUUAUUGCCGUAAAUUAUGU